CGGGCAGCGACAGGAAUGCUGGGAGUUGGAGUUCCCUCCCUAUGUCCUGGCCGUGCUGCAGCGUGCGGCGGGCACUCGGUUUCCCAGGAGGCUCAGCGACAGGCGCGCUCCUCCGGAGGGCUGUGCGCGGCCAUGGCGGUGCUGGUGCUGGUCCGCUCUCCGCUGCCGCCGCUCCGCGCUCUCCUCCAGCGCUGCUGGGCGCGGCUGGAGCGCGGCCUCUUGCCGGGCGGCCUUGGGGGCCGGAGCCCGCCCUGGGGACCCGCGCUAGCUGUGCAAGCUCCAGCGGUUCUUCCACCAGCAGCAAACGGCGCUGGCGAAAGCAGCGCCGAAGGGCCGGGUCUGUCGGAGAGCAUCCUGUGGAUGGCAGUGCCCAAGAAACGGCGCACCAUCGAGGUGAACCGCUGCCGGCGGAGGCAUCCCAGCAAGCUCAUAGCAGAGAAGAGGAACAUAGAUGUUUGUCCUGAGUGUGGGAACUUGAAACAGAAGCAUGUCCUUUGUGGCUAUUGCUACGCAAAGGUCAAAGCAGAAACUCGUCUGAUACGGGUGGAAAUGGGCAAAAAGGAAGGAGGACCAUUUAAAGCUCCAACUGUAGAGACUGUUGUCCUUUAUGACGGAGAAAAGCCUUCAGAAGAAGAUGAAGGCAAACGGAUCAUUGAAAGAGCCAGGAAACGUCCAUCUUGGUUUGUUCAAAAUUGAUGCUAGAGAUUCAGUGCUAACAAAAACAGUUGCUGCAGCAAGAGAAAAAUUUGAUUUUCAAAGAUUCUUUCAAGAAUGUUUUCUCCUUCGCUCAGUGUCAAUACAGAACACCUACGGACUUUUGGCAAGUCUGCUUGAUUUGUGUCAUGCUAUAUGAUUUGCAGUCAGGUGUUGUUUCUGUAGCAUACAGAAGUGCUUCUCAGUGAUACAUCACAGCAGUCAACAGAGAGAAAUUGGGAUCUACUUUGGAUUUGGACGUCUGCAUAGGGUACACUGAAUAACUGACAUGCUGAUGUUCUGUGCUGGUUUUGUAAAUAACAUCUUAAUAAAGGGAAAACAUUCACAAACGUACAAUAAAGUAUAUUAAGUUUU